AUGAUGCCCCAGAAGAAAAAGAGGAGGAAGAAAGACAUUGACUUUCUAGCCCUGUAUGAGCAGGAACUGCUGAACUACGCCUCAGGAGACGACGAGGAGGAGCUGGAACACGAGUACUACAAGGCCAGAGUGUACGAGGUGGUCACAGCCACAGGGGAUGUUCGUGGUGCAGGAACAGACGCCAAUGUCUUCAUCUCCAUUUUUGGAGAGAACGGGCUCUCUCCCAAGCUCCAUCUCACCAGCAAGAGUGAAUCUGCCUUUGAGAAAGCCAACGUUGAUGUGUUCCGAGUAAGAACCAACAACGUGGGCCUCAUCUACAAAAUCAGGAUCGAGCAUGACAACACAGGCUUGAACGCCAGCUGGUACCUGGACCGUGUGAUCGUGACCGACAUGAAGCGGCCUCACCUCCGUUACUACUUCAACUGCAACAACUGGCUGAGCAAAGUGGAGGGUGAUCGCCAGUGGUGUCGUGACCUGCUGGCCAGCUUCAACCCCAUGGACGUGCCGCGAGGUAACAAGUAUGAAGUCAAAGUGUACACUGGUGAUGUCAUUGGUGCAGGGACUGAUGCUGACGUCUUCAUCAAUAUCUUUGGAGAGUAUGGAGACACAGGUGAGCGUAGGCUGGAGAAUGAAAAGGACAACUUUGAAAAGGGGGCUGAAGACAAGUUCAUGUUGGAUGCCCCUGACCUGGGGCAGCUCAUAAAGAUCAAUGUUGGCCACAACAACAAGGGGGCGUCUGCGGGCUGGUUCCUGUCCAAGAUUGUCAUUGAAGAUAUUGGGAACAAAAGAAAAUAUGAUUUUCCUCUUAACCGCUGGCUGGCCUUGGAUGAAGAUGAUGGCAAAAUCCAGAGGGAUAUCUUAGUGGGUGGAGCUGAGACCACAGCCAUCUCAUACGUUGUCACUGUCUUCACUGGGGAUGUCCGGGGGGCCGGGACCAAAUCCAAAAUCUACUUGGUCAUGUAUGGGGCCCGAGGGAAUAAGAACAGCGGGAAGAUCUUCCUGGAGGGCGGUGUGUUUGACCGUGGCCGCACAGAUAUCUUCAACAUUGAGUUGGCUGUCCUCCUCAGCCCCCUGAGCCGGGUCUCCAUUGGACACGGCAAUGUGGGCGUCAACAGAGGCUGGUACUGUGAGAAGGUGGUGAUUCUGUGCCCCUUCACUGGCAUCCAGCAGACCUUCCCUUGCAGCAACUGGCUGGAUGAGAAGAAGGCGGAUGGACUGAUCGAGAGGCAGCUCUAUGAGAUGGUGUCUCUCAGGAAGAAGAGAUUGAAAAAAUUCCCAUGGUCCCUGUGGGUCUGGACGACUGACUUGAAGAAAGCUGGUUCCAACUCUCCUAUCUUCAUCCAGAUUUAUGGGCAGAAGGGGCGGACAGAUGAGAUCCUUCUGAAUCCCAACAACAAGUGGUUCAAACCCGGCAUAAUUGAGAAAUUUAGGAUUGAGCUCCCAGACCUUGGCAGGUUUUAUAAGAUUCGGGCAUGGCAUGAUAAAAGGAAUCCUGGUUCUGGAUGGCAUUUAGAAAAGAUGACCCUAAUGAACACUCUGACUAAGGACAAGUAUAACUUCAACUGCAAUCGCUGGCUGGAUGCCAAUGAGGAUGACAAUGAGAUCGUUAGGGAAAUGACUGCUGAAGGCCCAACAGUACAGAGGAUAAUGGGCAUGGCCCGGUACCGCGUGACUGUGUGCACUGGGGAACUCGAAGGUGCGGGAACGGAUGCCAACGUCUACCUCUGCCUUUACGGUGACGUGGGGGACACAGGGGAGCGGCUGCUCUACAACUGCAGGAAUAACACCGACCUGUUUGAGAAGGGCAAUGCCGAUGAGUUCACCAUCGAGUCUGUCACCAUGCGGAAGGUGAGGCGGGUGAGGAUCAGACACGACGGCAAAGGCAGUGGCAGCGGCUGGUUCCUGGAGCGGGUGCUGGUGAGAGAGGAGGGGCAGCCGGAGAGCGACAAUGUGGAGUUCCCGUGUCUCAGGUGGCUGGACAAGGAUAAGGAUGAUGGGCAGUUGGUCCGAGAGUUGCUGCCCAGCGAGAGCAACGCGACAUUGAAGAACUUCCGCUAUCACAUCAGCUUGAAGACGGGGGACGUCCCUGGGGCCAGCACAGAUUCCAGAGUCUACAUCAAGCUCUACGGGGACAAAUCUGACACCAUUAAGCAAGUUCUUCUCGUCUCUGACAACAACCUGAAAGACUAUUUUGAACGUAGCCGAGUGGAUGAGUUCACCCUGGAGACCCUCAACAUUGGAAACAUCAACCGGCUGGUGAUCGGGCACGACAGCACGGGCAUGCAUGCCAGUUGGUUCCUGGGCAGUGUCCAGAUUCGCGUGCCCCGCCAAGGCAAGAUGUACACCUUCCCUGCCAACCGCUGGCUGGACAAGGACCAGGCUGACGGGCGCCUGGAGGUGGAGCUCUACCCCAGCGAGGUGGUGGACAUCCAGAAAUUGAUCCACUAUGAGGUUGAGGUUUGGACCGGGGAUGUAGGCGGAGCAAGCACCACUGCCCGAGUAUUCAUGCAGAUUUAUGGCGAGGAAGGCAAGACAGAAGUGCUCUUCCUCUCCAGCCGCUCCAAGGUGUUUGAACGGGCGUCCAAGGACACAUUCCAGCUGGAGGCGGCGGACGUGGGCCAGGUCUUCAAGAUCCGACUCGGCCACACGGGCGAGGGCUUCAGCCCCAGCUGGUACGUGGACACCGUGUGGCUGCGGCACCUGGCGGUGCGGGAGGAGGACCUCACACCCGAGGAGGAGGCGCGCAGGAAGAAGGAGAAGGACAGGCUGCGGCAGCUGCUCCGGAAGGAACGUCUGAAGGCCAAGCUGCAGAGGAAGAAGAAAAAGAAGAAGGAGGAGGAGGAGGAGGGCAGCGACGAGGAGUCCUCGUCGGAGGAGGAGUCCUCGUCGGAGGAGGAGGAGGAGGAGACCGAGGAGGAAGAAGAGGAGGAGGAGCUGGAGCCCGGGAUGCAGGAGGUGAUCCAGGAGUACAAGUUCGAUGCCCACCGCUGGCUGGCCCGGGGCAAGGAGGACAACGAGCUGGUGGUGGAGCUGGUGCCCACGGGCCAGGAGGGUCCUGAGCCCAACACCUAUGAGGUACAGGUGAUCACGGGAAAUGUGCCCAAGGCUGGCACUGAUGCCAACGUCUUCCUGACCAUCUACGGGGAGGAAUACGGGGACACCGGCGAGCGGCCCCUGAAGAAGUCAGACAAGUCCAACAAGUUUGAGCAGGGACAGACAGAUACCUUCACCAUCUAUGCCAUUGACCUGGGGCCCCUGACCAAGAUUCGGAUUCGCCAUGACAACUCAGGCAACAGACCGGGCUGGUUCCUGGACAGGAUCGACAUCACUGAUGUGAACAAUGAGAUCACGUACUACUUUCCCUGCCAGCGCUGGCUGGCCGUGGAGGAGGACGAUGGCCAGCUGUCCAGGGAGCUGCUGCCAGUGGACGAGUCCUAUGUGCUGCCACCAAGCGCGGAGGAGGGCGGGGGAGGUGGUGACAGCACCCCCCUCAACAGCCUGGCCCUGGAGCAGAAAGAUAAAUCUACCACAUUUUCAGUGACCAUAAAGACUGGGGACAAGAAGAAUGCUGGCACCGAUGCCAAUGUCUUCAUCACACUCUUUGGCACUCAAGAUGACACUGGAAUGACCCUCCUGAAAUCCUCCAAGACCAACAGCGACAAGUUUGAGAGGGAUAGUAUCGAAAUCUUCACAGUGGAGACCCUGGACCUGGGAGAUCUGUGGAAAGUCAGGAUCGGUCAUGACAACACAGGCAAGGCUCCAGGCUGGUUUGUAGACUGGGUAGAGGUGGACGCCCCAUCCCUUGGAAAGUGCAUGACGUUCCCCUGUGGCCGCUGGUUGGCCAAGAAUGAAGAUGACGGCACCAUCGUCAGGGACCUUUUCCACGCGGAGCUUCAGACAAGGCGGUACACACCAUUUGUCCCUUACGAAAUCACCCUCUACACUAGUGAUGUCUUUGCUGCUGGGACAGACGCCAACAUCUUCAUUGUCAUCUAUGGCUGCGAUGCCGUGUGCACCCAGCAGAAGUACCUGUGCACCAACAAGAGGGAACAGAAGCUGUUCUUUGAGAGGAAGUCUGCCUCCCGCUUCAUAAUGGAGUUAGAAGACGUGGGAGAAAUCAUUGAAAAAAUCCGGAUUGGCCACGAUAAUACGGGCAUGAAUCCUGGCUGGCACUGCUCCCACGUGGACAUCCGCAGGCUCCUCCCAGAUAAAGAUGGUACAGAGACCUUGACUUUCCCUUGUGAUCGAUGGCUUGCCACUUCAGAGGAUGACAAGAAGACCAUUCGAGAACUGGUCCCUUAUGACAUCUUCACCGAGAAAUACAUGAGAGAUGGGUCUUUAAGGCAAGUCUACAAGGAAGUGGAGGAGCCUCUGGACAUUGUGCUGUACUCGGUGCAGAUCUUCACAGGAAACGUUCCCGGGGCUGGGACGGACGCCAAGGUCUACAUCACCAUCUAUGGGGACCUCGGGGACACGGGGGAGCGGUACCUGGGCAAGUCAGAGAACCGCACCAACAAGUUUGAAAGAGGAACGGCCGACACCUUCAUUAUCGAGGCUGCGGACCUGGGCGUCAUCUACAAGAUCAAGCUCCGCCACGACAAUACCAAGUGGUGCGCAGACUGGUACGUGGAGAAGGUAGAAAUCUGGAACGACACCAAUGAGGAUGAGUUCCUGUUCCUGUGUGGACGCUGGCUGUCCCUGAAGAAGGAGGAUGGGCGACUGGAGAGGCUCUUUUAUGAGAAGGAGUACACCGGGGACCGGAGCAGCAACUGCAGCAGCCCCGCUGACUUCUGGGAGAUCACCCUGAGCUCCAAGAUGGCCGACAUCGACAUCGCCACCGUGACGGGGCCCAUGGCUGACUAUGUUCAGGAGGGCCCAGUUAUUCCCUACUACGUGUCAGUCACCACGGGGAAGCACAGGGAUGCAGCCACCGAUAGCCGGGCCUACGUCAUCCUCAUUGGGCAGGAGGACGAGCGCAGUAACCGCAUCUGGCUGGACUAUCCCCGGGGGAAGAAGGGCUUCAGCUGCGGCUCCGUGGAGGAGUUCUAUGUUGCCGGCUCGGAUGUGGGCAUCAUCAAGAAAAUAGAGCUGGGCCAUGACGGGGCCUCCCCCGAGAGCUGCUGGCUGGUGGAGGAGCUGUGCUUGGCUGUGCCCACCCAGGGGACCAAAUACAUACUGCGCUGCAAUUGCUGGCUUGCCAAGGACCGAGGCGAUGGCGUCACCUCCCGUGUCUUCGACCUCCUGGAUGCCAUGGUGGUGAACAUCGGGGUGAAGGUACUCUAUGAAAUGACGGUGUGGACAGGGGAUGUGGUGGGCGGUGGCACCGACUCCAACAUCUUUAUGACCCUCUAUGGCAUCAACGGCAGCACAGAGGAAGUGCAGCUGGACAAGAAGAAGGCCAGAUUUGAGCGGGAGCAGAAUGACACCUUCAUCAUGGAGAUCCUGGACAUUGCCCCAUUCACCAAGAUGAGGAUCCGAAUUGACGGCCUGGGCAGCCGGCCCGAGUGGUUCCUGGAGAGGAUUCUCCUGAAGAACAUGAACACGGGAGACCUGACCAUGUUCUACUAUGGAGACUGGCUGUCCCAGCGGAAGGGCAAGAAGACACUGGUGUGCGAGAUGUGUGCUGUCAUCGAUGGGGAGGAGAUGAUGGAGUGGACGUCCUACACUGUCUCAGUGAAGACCAGUGACGUCCUGGGAGCUGGCACCGAUGCCAAUGUGUUCAUCAUUAUCUUCGGGGAGAACGGAGACAGCGGGACCCUGGCCCUGAAGCAGUCGGCCAACUGGAACAAGUUCGAGCGGAACAGUACCGACACGUUCAACUUCUCUGACAUGCUGAGCCUGGGCCACCUCUGCAAGCUGAGAGUUUGGCAUGACAACAAAGGGAUGCUUCCCGGCUGGCACCUGAGCCAUGUCGACGUGAAGGACAACUCCCGCGACGAGACCUUCCGCUUCCAGUGUGACUGCUGGCUCUCCAAGAGGGAGGGCGACAGGCAGACGGUCCGCGACUUCGCCUGCGCCAGCAAUGAGAUCCAUGACGAGCCGGAGGAGACCACCUACGAGAUCGUCAUAGAAACCGGCAACGGAGGCGAAACCAGGGAGAACGUCUGGCUCAUCCUGGAGGGCAGGAAGAAUCGAUCCAAAGAGUUUCUUGUGGAGAAUUCUUCCAGACAGCGGGCCUUCAGGAAGGGGACCACAGACACAUUUGAGUUCGACAGCGUCUACUUAGGGGACAUUGCCUCUCUCUGCGUGGGCCACCUCGCCAGGGAGGACCGGUUCAUCCCCAAAAGAGAGCUGGUCUGGCACGUCAAAACCAUCACCAUCACCGAGAUGGAGUAUGGCAACGUGUAUUUCUUCAACUGCGACAGCCUCAUCCCCCUCAAGAGGAAGAGGAAGUACUUCAAGGUCUUCGAGGUCACCAAGACUACGGAGAGCUUUGCCAGCAAGGUCCAGAGCCUGGUACCGGUCAAGUACGAGGUCAUCGUGACGACUGGCUACGAGCCCGGGGCGGGCACUGACGCCAACGUCUUCGUGACCAUCUUUGGGUCCAACGGCGACACGGGCAAGCGGGAGCUGAAGCAGAAAAUGCGCAACCUGUUUGAGCGGGGCAGCACUGACCGCUUCUUCCUGGAGACGCUGGAGCUAGGCGAACUGCGCAAGGUGCGCCUGGAGCACGACGGCAGUGGCUGCUGCGCGGGCUGGCUGGUGGACAGGGUGGAGGUCACCAACACCAGCACCGGGGUGGCCACCAUCUUUACCUGCGGCAGGUGGCUGGACAAGAAGCGGGGCGACGGGCUCACCUGGAGGGACCUCUUCCCUUCCGUCUGA